AUGAAAUCAGCCUUUCCUCAGAGAAUAAAGGCUGAGGUAGCGGGCAACAUGGUUAAUUGGGAUGCAUACUUCGAUAUGGAUGUGAAAGCAGUUGGCGUGCAGACAGUUGCAUGGGAGAAUGGCGAACAAGCAUCAGGGGGGCGAUGCGUUUGGAGCGGUGAAUGGAGGCCUCUUCGGCAAGAUGAAAUGCGACAUGGCCUUCGUGUGAGAACCGGCCCAGGCUUCUUCAAGCCUGGGUUUCCUAGCAAACAGGCCACCUUGAAAGACAACGCCCUAGGGGAUGAUCCUUUCUAUCAAGGCCCAUUGAGCUUUCUUAUCCGCUGGGGCUUGGAGUGCGAUGAUGGCUUCAAGUGUGGUUGUUCUAUCAGCGGUAGCAACUUGGAAAUAUGGGAACCUUUGCCCAGCUACUGCUCAGUUGCUAGCCAAGCUGGGCACGCGAUGGGCAUUGCCACGACGACUGCUGUAAGUACCACGCAGACAGAAAGCCUACCAACAGUUAGUGCAGCGGUGCAGACACACUCGUUUCUGGGCUUUGCGACAAAGGAUCCAGGAGUGCAGACUUCUUCGAGCAGUUUGUCCGCACAGCCGGGCCAAAGCAGCACAGAACCUGUAGCGUGCAAAAGCCGGACUCAGUACACGAAGCUUCUGUUGGACUACCAAGAUGCACGCAACAGGCUUUACUUGGCACUGAAUUUGGCAUCACUCCCUGCACCACGCAACGACAGCGAAAAACUGCUGGAGCUCGGUGACAUCCUGCGGACAGUUGAUGAAGAGUUCGAGGUCAUGAGCGGCCAGCUGCACAAGUACAAGCCCCAGGAGCAAUGUGACUCUUACACUCAAACAAGUCGAUGA